CCCCUUCUUUUUAUGUAUCUCUCUCGCUAUCUAUGUUUCGAUUCGAUCUGCUUCAUCACACUACUCCAGCUGUGAAAAUACAAAGUGUGCGGAGAAACAAAACCGUUUACAGGGUUCACUCCCGGGUCCGCUUUUAUUGCUGCUGUUGGGUUUAAACCGGCACCCUUGGCCCCGUAAUUUCACGCAAAGCGUGGAGAAUGUGCAAAAACAUCCAGCACCCAAAGAGCGCACAGUCUAUUGGGCCUACUUUAAUACACAUGUGUGUGACCUUUACUAUCCAGCGCCCUGUUACACGUUUCACACUCUGCGGCUGUGUUUAGUUUGAAAAAUAAAUAAACAAUAAGGAUGCUAGCAAACAUAUGCAUAACAAGGUGCAACAUUGUUCGAAGUUUUAGUCAAAUACAGUAGAAUGAUCUCAACCCAUCAGUGUGAAGUAUUUUGUUCUUUUCUAGGGGAGACAACUUGAAUUUUGUCCUGUUGACAGGUGGCAAUUAAUUCGAAUCUAAAGCUAUCACUUCGGGAUGUUUUUAUUCGUUACACCUCACCCAUCAGUCCAAUGAUAAGAUACUAAAAUCAAUUGCUUUGGGCAAUUUUCUGUAAACCUCUCUUGUACCACAGCAGAGGCCUCAUUAUAGGCACAUCAGGGAGCCACUGACUAAUUUGUCUUGCGACAGAUGAUGGUUGUGUUUUCUUUGGUGUAAUGAGACCGCAAUCGAUCAUGCGGUACACCUUCAAGUGCUGUCCUCUAUUAGACCCAGGCAGCAGCGCUUCAAUACGGCGUGGCGCUUCAACAGAUCUGCAGGCCCUCUGUAAAAUGUGAACGCGUUGUUCAGCUCCGAUUUUCUUGCAGUACAGUACAGUGCCCCAUUGGUGAAUGUUUGGCAGAUGUAGAGUUACAUUUACGUUGCUUUGUUUAAUGAUUGAAACCUACCAAUAUAAUAAGCGAAACUGCUCAUUUAGCAAAGUAUAGCUGUCCUGUGUAGGGAAUUUAUUCGAAUGGAGCAAUAUUUCAAAGUGCUUGCUACUGUAUGCUUACAAACUGGAAACAAUCGCUGCGGCCAGGUAGUCUAAUGGAACAGACGGCGGUUUGCUGUACCGUCCGGAGGUGGUUCAAUUCCAAAGGAAAGGAAGAAGUAUAAUAAUCUCAAACGCCUGAUCUGAUAUGUGUUAAAUCCUCAAGAGGAUGGCAUCACAAAUAUGACUUACUUACGUCAGUGUAAUACAUUUUAAGGUAUGGUUGUGUAUGGAAGUACAGGAAUUCCAGUGCUCGAGGACUUUCAUUUAAUGCCUGUGAAAGGUUUAAACCCUUUUAAUUGGAAGCUCAUGGAAGAACUCAGACACGAUUGAGCUCCUAGUCGGAGCUACUGUGUGUACAUCUCUCAGUCCGAUAAGAAUCUGGAUGUUUUAGUAGGGGUUAUGUGGAGUGUAAAGGAUUUGUUCACAUAGACACACACACACACACAGCCACAUAUAUACAUGGUCUUUGUGCGUGCCAGAUGUGUCAGAUCUCAAGUCAUCGUGGAUCCUCCGCGGACAUUCGACUGCAUCAAAGCAAUCGCCGCCUCCGCCGCAUUCUGUAGGCCGGCCUCCGUCCCGACAGCUCACUUUGAUCGAUUGCUCGGGCGUGCGAAGCCUCCGUUCUUUGUGUGUGCGCGCACGUAGAGCGGGGAAUAAGGGCCUGAACCUGCCGUGCGCGGCGACCUGAGACGGGAGCUACUGAGUAGUGGCGUUUUUAGUACUGGCUGACCCGGACGGCAAAAUACGGGAAGUUGAUCGAAUUUCGGCCGAGCUGUAUCAGAUUCGGCAAUUAGAUCCAACGUGGGAAAAGUGUGUGUCUCGCCACAGCUGUGUGGCUAUCUAGAGGCGAUAGCGAGCGAGCGACCGACCGAGAGAUACCGUAUGGAAACGUGCAUUGAAACAGUGUAUGAGAGAGCGAGAGAAAGAUAGAGAGAGAGAGAGAGAGAGAGAGAGAAGGCUAAGCGAGAUAUGGAGAGCAAUCGUUAGCUGCUGUGGAGAUUCCAAUUGAAAUGUAGCCGCUGCUGAAUACGGGACAAGACUGUGUGUGUGGAAAUGGCACGUGAUUCGACCAUGGGAAGAGACCGAGUACUAGUCGUGCCGAACACCGGUAUCGCCCUGAACAGCAGCAGCUCAUCGUCGCAGAUAGCGGCACCGGCCGACAUUAGCCAGCAGAUCCUGGAGCUGCAAAAGGAGCAGGAGCUCGAGAAGCAGAAACUAUGGCACGCGUUCCAGGAGAAGAAUAAGGAGCUCGAGAUGCAGCACCGCCAGCAGCUGGAGCACAAAUUUCAGGAGUUACGCGAUCAACGGAUAGCGGAGGAAGCGGCCCAGCAGCGGGAGCGGCGGGAACGGGAAGCGAUCAAGCGCAAGGAAAAGCACGAGUGCUGUGCGAACGCGAGCUCGGAGGUGAAACAGAAGCUACAGACUUUCCUGAUACAGAAGAAACAGGCCGCUGCAUCGAAUGGGUUAUCUUCCCCGCUGCCGUACAGAAAUUGGGGCGUCGUCAAAUCAUCGUCCGGAGAGUCACUCCCGGGCGGUGCCGUUGCAGCGGCCGUUAGCUCCCAUCCGUACAAAAUCCCUCCGCCGCCGAGCUCGAUCGCGAAGUACGAUCCGGACUUUCCGCUCCGCAAGACAGCAUCCGAACCGAACCUGCUGAAAAUUCGCCUCAAGCAGCGGGUGAUCGAGAAGCGCUCGCUGAACGGGCCACUGGCCGCCCGCCGCCAGGAGCGCCUGCGCCGGCUCCAGAAGCAGCAGCACAACCAGGCGCUCGCGCAAACAAAUUGUGCGGCGUCGGCUAGCGUCGCUACAACCGAUUCGGGCCCGAACUCGCCACCGACCGUGGGCAGCCGCGCUUCGCCCACGAACGCACCGAUUCAGGAGGAGAACGAGGACCCACAGUACGGCUCGGUCACGUCCCGUGCCAGCAUCAACGAUCUGUCGCUGUUCAGCUCCCCCUCGAUGCCCAACAUUUCGCUCGGCCGGCCGCACCUGGGCUCGUCUGCCGCCGCCUCCGUUGCUCAUCUGGCUCUGAACGCAACCAGACCGACGCAUCUCGGCGUGGGGGCAGGCAUCGGGGGCCAGGCUGGCAGCGUACCGUUCGGCAGUCCGAUGCUGGACCUGAGCGAGCAGCAGCAGCGCAGCCAGAACGUGGCCGUGGCUGCGGCGGCCGCUGCGGCCGCUGCUGCGGCUGCCGCCGCCGCCAGCGGCGUGGUCGGGCUGGAGCGGGCCCACCUGGCCGCCGGUGGGCUGCAUGGGGCGGCCGGGCCCGGUUCGGCCGCCAGCCUCUACCACCACCAGCCCUCGAUCACGGACGCGCACGUGGCCCAGGCCCGGCUGCACAAGCAGGGGCACCGGCCGCUCGGGCGCACCCAGUCGGCGCCGCUCCCGCUCGGCCACCCGAUGCUGGCCGGGGCCAACAGUGCAGCAGCGGCCAUGAUGAACAUCAACCAGACGCACUUUGAGAACAGCGAGGCUGAACGGCAGGCGUACGAGCAGCACAUGCUGAUGAAGCAAAAGAUACGCCAGACGGCUCUGACGCGCGCCGCCAACUGCGUCAACCGCGAGCCGCAGCUGCGCGAGGAGGUCGAAUCGAACGAGGUGAUCGACCUGACCGACAAGAAGCAGCCGCCGAAGACGGUGCUGGCGAGCAGCGUCAUCAAGAGCACCUCCCAGUCGCACCUGCUGUCGUCGUCGUCGCACGGUGUCGACGGCGAGCCGCCGACUGCCCAGCAGCAGCAGCAGCAACAGCAGCAGCACCUGUCCGAGCUGAUCCACCAGCAGCAGCACUAUCACCGCGAGCGGGAGCUCUUUAUGCGCCGCUCGAUACAGCUGUCCGUGCUGGAGGACCCGUACUCGCACCAUGCGGGCAGCGCGGGAGGCAGUGGCGGCGCAGCAGCAGCAGCGGCGGCGGCAGCGGCCGCCGCCAACCUGCUGCGACCACUGUCCCGCACCUCCUCCAGCCCGCUCGUGCAUCUGAGCUCGAUCGGAGGCGGUGGCGGCGGUGGAAGCGGUUCGGGCGGCGCCCAUCCGACGGCCCAGCAAAGCAUGUUCUCCGACACUGGGCAGGGGGCGGGCGGUGACGACGAUCUGCCACCGCCAGUGAACCUGACCGUGCAGAACCGCAGCCGCUCGCUGCUCAGCUACACGCACGAGGGGCUGGCGGCGGCGAUGGCAUCGGCGUCGUCCUCCUCCUCCUCCCCCGCAACGGCCGGCGCGCUGGGUGGGGCGGCCGGGACGUCGUGCGGCAGCCCGCCCGGCAUGGCCCUGCAGCUCACUACCUCCUCGUCCGCGUCCGCCAUCAUCGGGGCGAGCCGCGAGCAGAAGCUGCGUCCCGCCACCACCGGGCUCGCGUUCGACAGCCUGAUGCUGAAGCACGUGUGCGCGUGCGGGGACAACGCGAACCACCCGGAGCACAGCGGCCGGCUGCAGAGCAUCUGGGCCCGGCUGCUCGGCACCGGACUGGCCAUCCGCUGCGACAAGCUGCGGUCGCGCAAGGCGACCCAGGAGGAGCUGCAGACGGUGCACACCGAGGGGCACGCGCUCCUGUUCGGCACCAGCCAGCUGAACCGGCAGAAGGUGGACACGAGCCGCGUCAGCUUCGUGCGGCUGGCGUGCGGCGGCGUCGGCGUCGACCUCGACACGACCUGGAACGAGCAUCAUACGGCGGCGGCGGCCCGCAUGGCCGCCGGCUGCGUCAUCGACCUGAGCUACAAGGUGGCGCGGGGCGAAAAUCGGAACGGGUUCGCGGUGGUGCGGCCCCCCGGCCACCAUGCCGAGGCGGACGCGGCCAUGGGCUUCUGCUUCUUCAACUCGAUCGCGCUGGCGGCCCGGCUGCUGCGCCACCGGAUGCCGCACGAGAUGCGCCGCAUCCUGAUCGUCGACUGGGACGUGCACCACGGGAACGGCACGCAGCAGGCGUUCUACGACGACGCGUCCGUCCUGUACCUGUCCGUGCACCGGCACGACGAUGGCAACUUUUUCCCCGGCACCGGCGGCCCGGCCGAGUGCGGAGUCGGCACCGGCCUCGGCUACAACGUGAACGUGGCCUGGUCCGGCGGCGUCAACCCACCGCUCGGCGACGCGGAGUAUCUGGCCGCGUUCCGCACGGUGGUGAUGCCGAUCGCGCGCGACUUCGCGCCGGACAUUGUGCUCGUGUCGGCCGGUUUCGAUGCGGCCGUCGGGCAUCCGGCCCCGCUCGGCGGGUACGUGGUGUCGCCCGCCUGCUUCGGCCAUCUGACGCGCGAACUGAUGCAGCUCGCCAACGGGAAGAUUGUGCUCGCGCUAGAGGGCGGUUACGAUCUGCCUGCCAUUUGCGAUUCGGCCGAGGAGUGCGUGCGGGCACUGCUCGGCGAAAGCACCUCCUCGAUCGCACCGUCCGAGCUGGCUCGGCCCCCGUGCCAGGCAGCGGUCGAGACGCUGCAGAAAACGAUCGCCAUCCAGGUGUCGCACUGGCCGUGCGUCAAGCGGCUCGCCCACACGGUCGGCCUGUCCGCGCUCCAGGCGCACAGCAGCGAACGGGAAGAGUCGGACACGGUGACCGCGAUGGCCGGACUGUCGAUGCAGCCCCUAAAGAGAACGUCCGAUGUGUCCUGCGAAGACUCCGAGGAACCGAUGGACCAGGAUGAGUCCAAAUAAUUGUAUAUAAGUAUGUGCGUGUGUAUGUGUGUAUGUGCGUGUGCGUGUGGUGGAGAGUGGGGCAAGACAAAACCUCCCCUCACCCUCCCACCUGUCACCACGAGCACGACCUUUGGCGCGUGAAAAAAACCUUUUUUUGACUAUCGUUUAGCUAUUGGGAUCGAUUAGGCUGUCGUUUGAUAGAAGAAGAAGAAAAAACGAACAGAAAUAUAGAAUGGAUAGAGCGAGAGCGGGAGAGAGAGAGAGAGAGAGAGAUAGAGAGCGAUAUCUAAGGUAGGAAUUUCCAGGCGUGGAAAAGUGAAACUUUUCCAAUUGGAUGGAAAUUGUUGUGUUAAUACUUUUUUUUUCUGUUUAGUUUUGUAAUCCCUAUUUGUGGGCACGCUCAGAAUGUUGCUAGUUGUUUCCUCUAUACGUGAAUGUGUGUGUGUGUGUGCGUGUGUGUUUGUGUCGUGUGGAUUGGGACACAGCACCGUGUGCAGUUGGGCGGCCCGCGUGAACCACGGGUAGAGGUCGGGAGGAUGUCUUUGGAACGAAUCGAUGUGAUGUGUUAAAUGUUGAACCGUAGUUUUUUUUGUUAUAUCGACUGCAGCUGGUAUGCACACCCACAUACUCGCACAAACACACGGCCACAUAACCGCACACACACAUGGUCACACACAUCAACCAUCUUCAUAUUAGGUUACUCUUGGCAAUAACUUUUAAAGUGGGAUAAUCGUAACAGCAAAAAAAAACAAUAC